AUGGUGUCGUUUGCAGCUGUGAGAAAAAAACACGAGAAAACAGUAGAUAAAAGAGAAGUUCUUGUAUCAACAGAGAUUCCUGUCGAAUAUAUUGAUCCUGCUGCCAUAGAUCUCACUUCUUUAGUCAACAAGUUACUCAACACAACACAAAUGGGUUCCCAGCAACUUUUCUCCUUGCUGAGUGUCACCUCUCACAGCUCUCUGGCUCUCCACAAGCUCACCAUACUCGUCUACAACAUUUCAAAUUCCAGGACUAUUGAGACCACCCUGUUUCCACUGAGGUACUGCUACUGUCUGAGCAACAAGUCGAGCGAUUUGACAGAUUUCACCGCCAUACUUCUGGACGUCAUGGGAAACUCCACGAGCUACCUUCACGAAAUUUUCAAAUCCAGCUCCAUCUUGUCAGUGAGUCAGCGCAACGACUCGGACUGCAUAUAUAUCUGUGUGAUGGCUGGGAAAACUGACAGAGAGCUGCUGCCACUUUGGGAGACGGAAUCCGCCAAGCCCCUUUUCAAUCAGACCAUCACGGCCAGUGUUCACAGAGAGUGGUACCGUCUGCCGACGAGUUCUAGUACCUCCUGGCUGCCCAAACCCAGCGUGGUGGAGACCACCAGGGUCCCUCCAACAUCUGGAUCCAAUCCGGCAGACAGUACAACAUCCCGCCCUUCCACCACUGAACGCGGAACAGUGGGCUCCUCUUCCACAGCAUCGCGCACAGUGAGCCUCGCCGCCUCUGCAGAGAGCAUCCUCAAGGACGCAGGCUGUCCGUGGAAGAGGCUUGUGUUUGCGGGAACAGGGGCCGAAAUCGCACGACCCACCGCAGCCACGGCCACCGGUGCCUUGAGCACCACCAUCAGCGAGCCCAAGCUACAGCCCUGCGUACUGGAGCUCUGCAAGUUCUUCUCCCAGUGCCUUUGUCGGGGCUACGCCAAGGCUGGCACGGUGAGCUACUGUGUUGACAACCACCCGUGGUAUGUGCAGUACACUUCAGAGGUUUGCAGAAGGGUGAAGAGAGUCUCCUUUUCGAAAAGUCUGAAACAGAAGUGUCUGGCCGGAAUGUGUGCAAAGCCGUGA